GCGUUUAACCUAACAAGAAAUUAACCUAGAAAAUUUUUUUUCUUCCAAAUAGCUUAUAUUUACAAGUGUGAUUGUUGGAGCUCCAGUGUUUGGCUACGUUGCCGAUAAGUAUGGGAGGAAGAUAUCUCUUUCAGCAUCUCUCUCAUUAGUGUUCAUAUUUGGUGCUCUGAGUGCGGCUUCACCGUCCUAUGAGUGGUUGGUAGCUUUAAGAGUCUUGACAGGAUUCGCCUUAGCUGGAUCAUCACAAGGGAUAACUCUUUGUUCGGAGUAUUGUCCUCCAAGUGUUAGAGGAAGAUCGCUGUUCUAUUUGUGUUAUUUCUGGUCUUUUGGUUCAAUGGGCAUAAUACUACUGUCAUGGGCUGUGAUGCAGUCUUUAGGAAAUUGGAGAAUUCUUUUAGCACUAACAGCUCUACCAGCUUUAAUGGUCAUUGCAUCUCUAAAGUGGUAUCCAGAAAGCCCGCGAUAUUGUAUGGUGAGCAAGCAGUACGCAAAAGCUACUAAAUUGCUACAAAGUGUAGCUGAAAUGAAUGGUUCCAAUUUACCAUUUGGGAAAUUGCAAGAACUCAACGGAGAUGUUGAAAGAGGCCGUUUCAGAGAUCUCUUCUCUAAGGAAUUUCGAAAGACAACUCUUUUGUUUUGGUGCAUCUGGUUGGGAAUAGCUUCAACUUAUUAUGGAAUAAUUUUUCUAACACCGACAAUUAUUCAAAAAGGGGGACUUAUGAUUGAAGAGAACAGUAACAACGUAUCCGGCAAUGCAAUUUAUUCUUAUAACACAUCAGAGAGUGAUCAAAGAGAGAUAGAUGAUGUAUUAAAAUGCACAAAACUAUCGAACGGGAACUUCUUUGAUUUACUAUGGACCAGUUCAGCAGAAUUGCCAGGAAUUUUGAUCUUUACUUUUCUCGUGGAUUGCUGCUCUCGAAAAUUGCUUUUUGGAGGCUCUUGCAUCAUUACUGCCCUUCUGACGGUUCUUCUUCUUUUAGAUCUCGAGAAAAUUUUUCUUCUCAUCAUUUUGUUUGGUGCAAGAGGUAUUCUAUCUGCAAACUUUCAACUGGUCGCCAUCAUGACAAGUGAAGUGUUUCCUACGACUAUAAGGGCUGUAGCAGUGGGAUCAGGAUAUGCUGUAUGCCGUUUAGGAUGUUUGACUGUUCCUUUCCUAGUUCAGGUUCUAAUAGCAAGCAACCCGAUUCCUGUUAUUAGUACUCUUGCAGCUCUUCUUUUCGUAUGUGCUGUCGCAGUAGCAUUCUUACCAGAAACAAAAGGCGCUGGAUUAAAGGAGUCAGCUCAACUUAAACCUAAGAGCAAGGAUUGAAAUUAACAGCAAUUUGUAGAAUUCAACUGAGUAUGACUUAGGAUUCGAUGUUUUUCAAAAAGAAAAUAGCUGUAUUUUUAUAAAUUAUUUUUUUAAAAUAAAUGUUAAAAGAAAAUUG